AUGGAGAAUGACACAGAGCUAGUCUUUUCGGAGUCGAAUUUUACAAGCUACGCCGAUAUUUUCGGAGCCUCGACCGGUAAUACACCGGUGGUUUUCUCGCCUGCGUUUCAUAUUCCGGAGCUGUGCUUGUUAUUCUUUCUGCUGGUCGGAAACUCGACUGUGUGUUGGAUUAUAUUUACAAAUGAGAACUUGCGCAACCGGGCCAACAUGUUCGUGGCCAUAUUAGCCUCCGCCGAUCUCUGUUUUGGGAUAUUUGUAGCUCCGUUUAUCGUUGCAGGUUUUUUAGGAGAUUGGUACACCGACCCAUACCUGUGUAAUUUCAGCGGUGUCAUCACGACACUCUUCCCAGCCGCUGCCAACGUAACACUCUGCUUCGUAAGUAUCGACCGUCUGCUCUUCGUAAGGAAGCCUCUGCGCUACCAGGAGUACUGGAAAUCGCCUAGAUGUAUCGUCGCUAUAUGCUACGUCUGGAUACAUGCUUUAAUUUUCCCGACUCUGCCUCCGUUGUUCGGCUGGGGGAAAUACAUCCAUCAUCCUGCCGUCAACACAUGUAUACCAGAUCUCACCGAGGUGCCCUUGUUCGGAUAUGUGACAGUCGCGUACGGUUUCGUCCUACCUAGCGUAAUCAUGAUAUAUUGUUAUUAUCGCAUUUAUCGCGCCGCGAGAUUACAAGUAAUGAAGGUGAGAUCAGAAGCGUUUGCUUAUCAAGCGACGACAGUGCGACGGGUGCUUCACGACACUAAACUGGGAUAUAGACGUACAGCGAAAACGCUGAUAUUAAUGAUAGUUCUGCACACUGUCUGUUGGACACCGAACCUGUAUGUACAAGUGUAUUCGUUGCGGUAUGGUGACAGCUACGCGCCUUCUAGUAAACUGCAGUAUGUAUCGGCGUUGUUGAUUUUGACGAAUACAUCUUUGGAACCGUGGGUGUACGGGAUGUACAACGUUGCUUUUCGAAAAGCUGUCAGACGACUUUUUACUGUGUGCGACUGGAAACGAUUAAAUUGUUUUCGCGCCUGUCCCCGGAGACCAAGCAACUAUCAAGUCAGUCCGAUUAUAUAG